GUCUCGCGAUAUUUCCCGUUAAUAAAUAUGGCGGUCUAAGUUCAACAUUCUUUCGGUUGCUUGUGAAAUCUUCGAUUGUUUUCGGUUUGUUUGCCCCAGUUUCUUCGAUUUUUCCGACCUACUCGAAGAGAAAAUGUUGCUGCUUUGGGAAAUGCACCCAGAUCCGGACAAAAAGAAAAUGGAAGCGCUCUGUGAGAAUUCAGCGUAUAAGAUGAAAGAAAGAUUCACUAAGUCGUUAUAUUAUGGAGAAUUAACAGAUGAAGAUGAUGAUGAUAAUUAUGAUGAUGGACCUUCCUUACCUCUAACAGAUAUUGCUGUGGAUUAUUUUCAAGAUGUGACACCACGUAAACUAGGAAAAGUUGACAGUAUAUUUGCAUCUUCUGUAGCUAGUCGAGCUUGUGCUUCCCCGUGUUCAGUAAUGAUGAGUAUGAUUUAUGCGAAACGUCUACGUCAUCGUAGUCCGGAAUACCUUGAUCACAUGUCUUCCUCCGACCUCUUUCUCAUCUCCAUGAUGAUGGCGUCUAAGUUUAUUUAUGAUGAAGGCGUGGACGAAGAAGUGUUUAAUGAUGAAUGGGCAGACGCAGCAGACAUGGAUAUAAGCGAACUCAAUCAAUUAGAACGAGAUUUUCUACAGGCUAUUGACUGGCAACUUUUUGUAAAGAGAUCAGAAUUCUUCAAUCUGGCCAAUCAGAUUGAACAAAGAAUUGCCUUAAAACAAGCGAUAGAUCGGGGCUGGUUUUCAUAUACCGAUUUAUAUAUACUCUCUCGGACUGCCCAGAUUGAUCAACUUUGGUCUAAUGUUGGUUCACAAUGGCUACAGGUGAUACUGGUCAGUUCAACAGCUUAUAUGGCAGGGGUCAUGACCCUAAUAGGCUCAACUAUCCUAGCAUUACAAGUUUCUACAGCCUUGACCUUGGUUGGAACGGCCAUGUUAGCUCAACAGCCAAUUCCUGCUGGUCCACUUCUGCCGACAUCUUUCGACUCCAGCCCAUAUCUGCCAAUCAAUGAUACUGCCGCUGAUGCCAUGGAAAUAAACGAUGCUGCAGAACUGAGUGCCGUCGUCAGGGAAACCAAAGUUACGCAAAUUACAGAACCGGGAAUUGAAAAGGAGACCAGAACUCCACAAGUCAAUCUUCUGGCAAAUCUCAUUCAAAAACUUUUCGCUCUGGUCACAAUGAAAGAAUAUAUGGUUCAGUUUGUUUCUGCUGUGUCCGAGAAUUUCAGUUCUACUCAACAACUACGCAGUCAAUUUCAAAGGAGACAACCAAUACGCAAUCAAGUUCAAGGUCACACACUAAAUGACACCUUAUCAGGCAAUGAACAUUGUUGUUUCUGUGGCUCAACCGAACUUUCGAAUUCAAAACCUGUAAAAACGGAAAAUUCAAACCGUUUGGAAAUGCAAAUGUGUCCAAAAUGUCUUCUUGCCUGCCAUGCUAGUCUCCAGUCCUCGCGUCACAACCGACAAAUCCUGUCCCACACCGAGAAGUGUUACAGACAGUGUCCUAAUUUCGCAUCCAGACUUCCGGCCGAUCACCAUGAUGUUUGUUUUGUUAGUGAAGUUAGCCAUAUACACGGAGAAAGUUGGCAGCAUGUUCCGUGUGGUUUAGAGGAACCUCCUGGAAGUGUUGAUAUGGGACGACUCGUAGUCGAUGUUAGUUUAGGUUUUAAGACAAGAACACCACUGCCUGUUCUUAUACGUGCUUAGUUACCAUGACAACUGCUCUCCAAAGCAAUUCUAAACAGCGUUUAUUCAAAUAACAAGAACAUAAUUCUAUGAAUGUCAACUUUCUCCACAGUCUGAAAAACCUUUAGUAUUAUUAUGUAUUCGUUAAAUUGAUCCCUAUUUCUUAGGGGGGGGGGGCUAAAUUAAGAACAAGCAAUACUUGGUUUAUCUUCUCAAUAUCAUGAAAUUAAAAAAUUUUAAGUUUUGAAAUUUUAGACAUAACAUUGUUUUUAAGACUCAGAGUAAAAAUUAGUUAACAAAUUUCCUGGAAAUCCUGGGCAUUAAUCAUCCAUUGAUUUACAUGUAGGAAGUUAAUGAUAAUAACUAAUUUAUUUAACAAGUGAAAAUCCACCUCCUGCGGUGCUGCUCUAGGACGGUUUACUUAAAUACGAUGUUCCAAAUAAAUAAUAUGAAGAACAAUGAAACAUCAAGCAUAUAUGUAUUGUUAAAAUUACAUUUUAAAUGUAGAAAUGAGGUUUAAAUGUCCACAUUUAUGUAACACCGAGAAUUCACCUCUGCGGAGCUGCUCCAUUACGCUUUAGUUAAUACAAUGUUCCAAAUAAAUAAAUAAGAAAAAUGAUGAAACAUUAAGCUUGCACUACACACCAACAAAAACGCUAAGAUAAAUAACACGGACAAUUCAUUUCUACUCUCCAUCGCUUUACUAAAUAAUAUCGAGAUCAAAAAAAACAUUGAUUAUGCUAAAAAGAAAAAGUUGAUAUCCAUAGAAUGAUUGCUUCUUGUAGCUGAUAUAUUUACAGUCCCUCAGUUAUAAAUCUAUAGUUAGUCUGUUUCCAUGGUGAUAUUAAAAUUACUCAGUAUACUCAAACUUGGUGUUAAUAGGCUCCAAAACUAGAAAUUGUACAUUUAUAAAGAAUGUUACGUAGAAAUUUGUAAUUUAUUAAGUUAUAUCAUGACUUUAAACAUCUGCCUUCUGACUGGGAACGCCGACAAAUGGGAGCUAAAAAAUAACCCCUGAAAUUAACAGCAAAAAUAUUUUAACUAGUUGUUGUCUUUUUGGCUUAUAGAAUUUCUUUUAGCCUAGGUACAAAAUAUUUCUUUAUCAGAAUAUAUUUUAUGUUUUGUUAUUAAGGUUGUUAUGUUAAUUAUAACCUGUAGCGCUCUGUAUUUUAUUUGGUUAACGUUACUCUAUUUUAUAUAAGUAGGGUUUGUCAUGUCAGUUAGAUUUUUAGUAAGGUUUGUCAGUCGGGUUUUUAGGGUAGACAUUGUGAAUAAUAGUCUGAAGCUUUAUUUACGAAACAGACUAAAAUAUUUUACGGUUGCAGCUGAGCCUUAAAAUUCUCCAAUGAAAACCCUUCAUUCUGAAAGAUAUUUUAGUGCUAGAUUUGAAGAAUAAAGCUCCAGAAGCCAAUGUUUUUACAAUAAUUAUCUGGGUUUGUCACAGAGAGAGAGAGAAAAAGGUUUUAACGUCCACUUGACACAAACUAACGUGGCUCAAAUUUAUUUCAAUAAUUUGCUUGCAGGUAGGGGUUUUUAGCAGUGGGAGGAAACCGAAGGACCGGGAGGAAACCCGCGAGGUUGGAUAGACAGCCCUACUGUUGUCACGCCAUUUGACUCAAUGACAGAUCUAUGAUGCAACUCGCACACGUUAACCAUUUGGCCAUCCAACCCACCCUUGGUUUGCAUCAAAGAAAGUUAGGCCAGUUUAAGUAUUGUAGCAUAAAUUUGAGCUGCAUUCGUUUUAGGGAAAAAGAUCCCAAAUGAAUAAAUCUUGACGUUUAUUUAUUCCUCUACUGUAUAAUGUUUUAUUCAACGUUAAAAUUAUAUCAGGAAAGACAUGAAUUAUAAUAAUAAUUUUUAAAUAUAUCUUAGCUCAAUCAAGAAUCAAAUAUACAAUGUCACACAAGUUUCCUUUAAGAAUCAGUCUAUUUUUACAGUUAAAUUUUAAUCAAAACGUUACGGCUGUAUUUAGUUAUAUUUGUGCUGUAAUAUUUCAUUUUAUUUUAUGAUCAGUACUGGAAUACCGCGUUUUAUCAGUGAAAUAAAAGUGUUAAUCCACUGGCUAGAAGCGGACAAAGUAGUCCAUGUUGUUUUUACCUAAAAUGAUUGUAAAAUCAUAAAAUAAAUAGAACAUUUUUCGUUUUGUCGUGAAUAACAUAUUUUAUUUCAUCUCUAAGCAAGAAAACAUUUAUAUUUUCACUCAUGCGUAGCAUUCGUGAAAAUAUAAGUUUUCUUGCUUCUCGAUGUAAUAAAAUAUGUUAUUCACUCUAAAAUGACAAAUAUCCUCUAUAUAUUGGUGCUGUAAUAUUUAUGAAACUUAAAGGCUUGAUUCGCCAUUUGUAUUUUCGUUACAAUAUCAAAUUUCUCACAUCUUAAUCCAUGCGUCUUGUUAUUAACGAGCAGAAUAGAUCGAUAAAACUUAAAUUAUCAUAACUUUGUAAAUGAUACUUAAUGGACUGGAACUAUUAUUGGGCUGAUAUUCCUAUUACCUGUUUUUUGCCUGUAAAAUAGAGUUCUGUCCAGAAUUCAAUUAAAUGCCAGAUUUCACAUUAUCAUUAACGCAAUAGGGGCUGCGAAAAUUGCUCAAGCAAUAACAAGGUUCUGCUAGUUUAUUAACAAAUUAACUGACUACAAAUCAGACAGAAGAUUAAUUCAAAAUCGUUAAAAAUAAUUGCCUUGGGGAUUGUAUUAGUGAGAUGAUUUUUCUACAGCAAUUUCAGGUGUUUAUUUGUCUUUAACCAAAGAAGAAAUUUUCAUAAUAAAAACUAUUUAAUUAGCCAAAAGGGACUAUUUCAUUAAUAAAGAAUUAUUAUAGGCCCUACUUAUAUUUUAUUUCACAGUCCAAUAUUUAGAUUUUUUUGUGUAAAGUGGUAUAGACACGAAAAUUCAGGAUACACAUACCAUAAAAAAAAACAACAUAAAUAUUAAUUUAUUUUCAAAGUUUUAUCAUUAUCAAAAAUGUCUGACAGUGAAAAUUUUGAAAUGGAAGCUCCUGGUAGAGUAGUAUUAAUUAUUUACAGCAUUGACUAUAAUCUGUAAUUUGAUACCAAAAUAUAUUUUAUAUUUUACACAGUAGAUUCUAUUUUGUCUUUAAAAAUUAGUUAAGAAGAAUAUUUUUAUAAAAAUAAAACAUACUAAAACUGCCAGAGGUUUUUUUUCUGUUUUAAACGAAAUCCUCUAAUAUUUGAAAAUAAACUGAUUAAAUCAAUUACAUUUAGAA